AUGAACGCCGUCCUCUCUCGACCGGAAAGCCAGUAUGACUUCGUCGUACCAUACAACCUAAUUGAGGAGCGCCUUGACGACGAUGUCGAUACGGAGCAGCACAAAGCCCAUCGAGGACAGCGGUUCUUCAUGCGGUCGAUCAGGCACUAUCGACAUGCCACGACAAAAUGGGGCGCAGCGCUGGAAGGGUUCGCGCCCAUGUGGUUCGCAGUUUGCAUCUCAUCCGGUGGCCUUGCUUCCCUCCUCAAUGGACCUUUUCCAUACCAAGGACGAUGGCUCGAGAUCUUGGCCUCCAUUCUUUUUGUGGUUGAGGUGGUAACGUACAUCCUCUUCUCAGCCAUUAUGAUAGCCUGCUGGAUCAUCUAUCCUCACGUUGCAGUCCGCCGGGCGAUGAAUAAUCCAGAUGAACUGCUAGCUUACGCCAUACCACCCAUAUCGCUGAUGACUAUCGGUGCGCUCACGGCAACGCAAAUCAGUAACGCGAGCUGGAGUGGCCAUGCAUGGACAUUGGUCGCCUACGUCCUCUGGUGGAUUGGGUGUGCUUGGGUGUUUGCAACCGCUAUGGUGGUCUUCCCAGUCCUCUUCCACACAGGCAACCAGGCGGACAGAGUCAUGACGCCGGUGCUGUUCAUGGCGCCCGUCGGACUUGCGACCGCAGGUACAGAGGCAGGAUUGAUCACGACUCGAGCUUGCUGUAUGUCAGCCCGUCUGGCAGGUCCGAUGCUUGUGGUCGGCUACUUCGCCGUGGGUGUGGCGCUCUUCAUGGCCAUAGUGCUCUACACCAUCUACUUCCACCGACUUUUGGCUUCGGGAUGGACCAUACCAUCGAAGAGACCCGGUCUUUUCAUCUUGAUCGGUCCAUGUGGACAACUGGCAGCCGCUCUGCAGGUUCUCGGUCUCUCAGCAGCAGGGCACAACAGAUUCGCAGACUACAAGCCGACAUCUCUACAAUCACCACAGUACGGCACAUUUUGGACAGCAGAAACCGCCCUUGGAAUCCAAACUUCUGGCAUCCUGCUCGCCCUACUCCUCCUGGGCUUUGAUUUUCUCUGGUUUGGCCUUGCCUUCAUCGGCGUCGCCGAGAUCCUCAUCAAGAAGCAAGCGACAUACUCGCUGGCAUGGUGGAGUUGUGUCUUCCCUACGCGUUUCGAGGGAUAUACUGUGCUCUGA